UGUGGGACCACGUCUGCACUCUCCUCCGCUCGCACGCUCUUUCUCGCAUUGUGUCUACGCUCUCUACCCACCGCACGCUCUUCAGUAGGCGUGGCCAAGCACAUCGAUUCAGGGCGUCGACCAAUCACUAGCCGACUGGUGUAGUGCUGACGUGUCGUAGUUAUUGCCGAACCUCGUCGGAGUGUGGUUGUCUUCUACGCGACAGCUUACAGGGCCAUAGCCCAAGGCCAUACUGUAUCACUGUGCUACCGUAAUCACUACCUCAGUCAACACAAGUCAUCAUGACGACGACAGCACAUCGAACAUUCUAUUUGGUGCCAGCCGAUGUGGUGGCACAACCUACCAUAGCGAUACCACGACCGCUAGCGCCGACGCCACGGAUUGCGACGCCAACGUCGCGACUCGCGAAGUCGACUUCGCCGCUGAAGCGGCCGCCGCUUGGUGCUGAUCCGAUUGAGAUAUUGUUGGGUGAGACUCCACAGCCUCAUCAACGCAAACGAGAAUGUCUGGAUCAUCUGACGCACGAACAGAAGAUGAACAGACGAAAGAUGAAGAACAGGAUCGCCGCACAAACCGCUAGGGAUAGGAAGAAGUACCGAAGUCAGCGCCUGGAAGACGUCGUUCGAGAGCUAUUGGAACAAAAUGAAGCACUUAAACAAGAAAAUGGACUGCUUAGACUAGAGAAUCAGGAACUCACAGAACAAAACAAUGACCUCAUCCGACGCCUAAACGUUAGUGGAGAUGUCCAAUGUCAAGUGAUUCCAUCGCAAUCAAAUGUCAUCUAUGAAGAGGUGCAUGAGGUGUUACCGGAGACGAGUGGGGCUGCUGUUGAAUCUGCCGCAUUCAUUAGUGGACCCCUGCCGAGGGUACAGGUUGUCCCACUCUAUCUCCUGUUUCAUCUUAUGAUCAACCUCCUGUUGGUGGUGUGCUCCAGUCAGAUGAGCUCGAAAAGAUCCUCUCGGAUUUCUCAGACGAGUGCCUCAUCUUCUCAGAAUCUCGAGUUCGAUCUCGACCAGCUCGUCAAUCAACUACCAGAAGAAGAGCGUACGCAACAGCUUAACGUGCAGCCAAGCUCUAGCAUCGAGCCCAUAUGCACCCAGCCACCUUGCCCUUCUUCCGGAAGCACAUCGCCAGUGGAUGCGAGUGUCAUGAGCUCUUCCAGUCCUUCGAUCUGCACUUCCUUCCCUAGUCCAUCAAACUAUUCGCCGAAUCCACAAAAUCCCAUGGACGAGUUGAUCUUGCUCGAAGAUCAAAAGCUAAUGGACGAUCCUAUGCUAUCAUCGCCAACGAACUGGCAGUAUGACCAUCCAGAUGCGUUGAGCCCAUUUUCGGACUCAUUCCAAAGAGAAUUUUUCCAAAUGCUGGAGUGAUAUCUUCUUCCCUUCGCUCUUUGUUUGUAUGUUUUCUCUUUGCUUCUUUUCCAGGGCAUAGCAAUGGUUUCUCUGUACUAUAAACAAUGUGAUAUACAAGAAAGAACCAAAUCAUAUUUUUUCUUUUCUUUUCUAUGUUUGUUUCAUUGUUAUCGUGCGCCGUGCGUACAUCUGCU